AUGAUUCGAAGUUUAACAAUUAAACGUUUUUAUCAUUCAUUGAGAGUGUUGGGUAUUGAAACGAGCUGUGAUGAUACAGCAGCGGCUGUUGUUGAUAGUAACCGAACUAUUAUAAGUCAAGUAUGUCGAAAUCAAUUCAAAUAUCAUCAACCAUGGGGUGGUAUCGUGCCAAAUAUUGCAAAAAAUCAUCACUAUGCAAAUUUAGUACCAGUUGUAGCUGAAGUUAUGAAAGAUAUUGAAUGGAAUACAAUUGCUGCUAUUGCUACAAGUAUUAAGCCAGGUCUUGUUAUAUCACUUUGGCAAGGAAUAAAAUUUACUCGUCAACUACUUGAAAAAUACACACAUCUAUCAUUUAUUCCCAUUCAUCAUAUGGAAGCACAUGCACUCACUGUUCGUUUGACACAUGAUGUUCCGUUUCCAUACAUGGUUUUAUUGGCUAGUGGAGGUCAUUGCAUUUUAGCUAUUGUAGAAGAUAUUGACAAAUUUUAUCGACUUGGUGAAACACAAGAUAUUGCUCCUGGUGAAGCAUUUGAUAAAAGUGCACGUGAAUUGAAAUUACACAAACAUCCACUUGUUGAAAAUAUGGUGGGAGGUGCAGCUAUCGGAUACUUGGCACGAGAAGGCGAUGAAAAACGAUAUCAAUUAAUAACAUCGAAAUAUUCAGCUAAAAUGAGAGAUUGCUCUUUCAGUUUUGGUGGUAUGUUAUCACGAAUCCGACGAGUCAUUGCAAAAGGCGGCUUAUAUUCAGAAUCAUCGAAUGUAGAUGAACAAAAAUUAAAAGAUUUCUCUGCAUGUAUUCAGUCAAGUAUUGUUCGGCAUAUAGAAACACGCGUACAUCGAGCAAUACUAUUCUGCGAUGCAGUUCAAAAACCACAAUGGAAAAGAAGACUAGUUCUUUCUGGUGGUGUUGCAAGUAAUUUAUAUCUUCGACAAUGUAUAAAUGAUCUAUGUACUCACUAUGGAGUUGAACUUUUUUGUCCACCGGUAGAAUUCUGUACUGAUAAUGGUGUAAUGAUUGCUUGGAAUGGCAUUGAACGAUAUAGACAAAAUAUGAAUGUAUUUGAAAGAAUGUCUGAUACUCUUGUUCCUGAAGGUCGAGCACCAUUAGGCUCAGAUAUCAGCGAACAAGUACGCGCAUGCAACAUCAGUGUACCAUUCGAGUGGAAAAGUAUUCUUGAAAAGAAAAAUAUCUUAUUGUGA